AUGAAGCUUCUCUACCCUACCUCAGUGCCACUCGAUGUUGACAGCCUCAAAGGCUUCUCUGUCUCUCUACACCCAUAUGAUGUCAAGGUUCCCAUCCCGGAGGACCUGAUCGACGCGGACAUUCUGGUGACCUGGGCCAAUGCCGCGGACAACUUGAAGGAUGCCGCGAAGCGCAUGAAGAACCUCCGAUGGAUCCAAUCUCUCGCUGCAGGGCCCAAUGAUGUCUUGAAUGCCGGCUUCGACACCUCCCGCAUCGUCGUCUGUACCGGUGUCGGUCUGCACGACCACCCCGUGGCCGAACACGCCCUCGGUCUCCUCCUCAACAGCGCCCGCCACUUCUACGAGAUGCGCGAUUAUCAACUACAGGAGAAAUGGCCCGGCCACCUUGGUGGAUCCUUCCCUCGCAAUGAUUUCACCACUCUGCAAAACGCAAAUGUGCUCGUUUGGGGCUUUGGCAGCAUCGCAAAGACCCUCACUCCGCUUCUGACAGCCCUCGGAGCCAACGUCAAGGGUGUUGCUCGCAGUUCUGGAGUCCGAAAUGGUGUCGAGGUCUUCGGCGAAGAUAAGCUUGGUGAGCUUCUUCCCAAGACGGACGCCCUUGUUAUGAUUCUGCCUGGAUCUGAAUCGACGAAUAAUGCCUUGAACGCCGAAAGACUCAAGCUGCUUCCCAAGCAUGCCUGGAUUGUCAAUGUUGGCCGCGGAACUUCGAUUGACGAGGAUGCUUUGGUGGAUGCCCUCGAGAAGGGCGAGAUUGGCGGUGCCGCACUUGAUGUUUUCAAGACCGAACCUCUUCCCAAGUCCAGCCGUCUCUGGAAGGCUCCUAAUUUGAUUGUCUCGCCUCAUGCUGCAGGUGGCAGGCCCCAGGGAUGCACCGAGCUAAUUGCGGAUAAUUUGCGACGAUUCUUAGCGUCGCAGCCCCUCAAGAAUGUGAUUUAA